UGGUACUCCUGCAGUGGUGAAACCGAACAUAAUUGAUAUCAAAGAUAAAUUGAAAACGUAGCGUGACAUUGAAAUGAAUAUCACAUAAUCAGAGUGAAUAUAAUUAAUUCUAGUCAUAAUUCGUUACUUGUACCCAAUGUUAAACUGAAUAGCUUCGACUUAUAUUUGCUAAUUUAAUACUUCACAAUUAAAUACAUGUUUGAAUGAUUAUACAUACUGCAGUACUGUCUAUAUUGCAGUGCAUUGCGUUAUUUCCAACCUGACAUCUUGAUCCAGCCUAUCUAUACAUCUUUAAUAGGUAAUCCUAGUUUAUCGCUUCAAUUUAAUGCGGGUCAGCAACUUGAUAUCUAAUUGUCAUUACAGGAAAUGUUGCAAACCAAAUUUGUUUUACUUUUGGAAAACUUGAGCCAUUAACUAGUCGAAUGUUCAUAACAAAAUGUCAAUCAAGAAUGUCGACAUUUUUCAUUUACUGAUCUUUCAAGUUGAAUGAAUCGUGUUUUUCUUAAAGUUACAUGUAAAUACCAGAUACCUAAGUAAAUUACCUUCGCAAAGAAAGCUAUGUUUUUGCUGGCGUUGAUUUUUAUGUUAUAUUUAGAAGUGGCUGCUCUUCAAAAAUGAACCAGUCUGUUAGUUCCGGUAUAUCUUAAUAUUGUUACCAUAGAAACAUGGAUGUUUUCAUUUCAAUUAUUAUUCAUUGCAUGAGAUGUCAUUUUUUGAGAGGGGUUGUCUUUGAAACAAAGAGCAAUUGAUUAUACCCUCGUUGUCAUUGAGAAAACUAUAAUUUGAAAUAUUUUUUCACCAGUGCUAUAUAGGGUUACUAUCUUAUUUCUUUAGCGAGAAUUAAUUUUGUUGUCCUUUUUACAAAUAAACUUGAAGCUUGUGUCAA